AAUCAUAGGAAGAGGAUAUGGACAGAAUCAGUUUACUGCCUAAUGAUUUCUUACUGCACAUACUCUCGUUGCUUCCUACAAAAGAUGUCCCAGCCACUAGUCUUUUGUCAAAACGGUGGCUAAAUCUAUGGAAGUUAGUGUCUUAACUCAAUUACAUCGAAAGAUACGACAAUGAUGAUCACGUGGGAUUCGUCCGGUUCGUGGACAGAUCUUUGCUUUUAAACACGGCUCUAGUCUUAGAAAGCUUGCACCUCAAGUUAGAUCAACAAUGCAGCGAUGUAGAUGUUGGAUUUUGGAUUAUAACUGCAGUCAAACGCGGUCUGCGAGAGCUUAGUUUCGAGAACUGUUAUACGAUUGAGGAGCCUAUCAGAUUGCCUCAGAGCUUGUACACAUGUGGAACACUUGUGGCACUAAAACUACAAAACGUGUCGCUUGUGGAUGUUCAGUUCCCUGUAUGUUUCAAAUUGCUCAAAACGUUGCACUUGGAUGAGGUUAUUUACUUAGACGAUGAAACUCCGAAGAAGCUAUUAUCAUGCUGUCCUAUUCUUCAAGUAUUGGACUUGGACCGAGCUGAAAAUGACAAUGUGAGGAGAUUCUCUAUUACGGUGCCUUCAUUACAAAAAUUUGACUAUUAUGGAAGACCUGGUUCUGUGCUUGUGAUGAAUACGCCUUCUUUGAAGUAUUUCAAGACUUUAGACUAUGCUUGUGAGUGUAUGAUUGAGUACUUGCCUGAGAUCUUGGUAGCACAUGUCGAGGUUACAUGUAGCAACACUGAUGAUAUCCUCAGAUCUCUUGCUUCAGUCAAACGCCUCUUGUUGUGUCUAUCCUCAGAGGUGAUAAUAUAUCCUUGAUAACACCAUUAGGGCAUCAUUAUGGGAUCUCUCAACUGGAAUCUCUUACGGCAUAAUUAAAUAUAAUUACAGGAGAAUUUCUCAAAAACAUGGUUUAUCAAAUAUUUAUAGAUUCUCAUUUUAUAAUAUUAAUAUAAAUAUUGUAAGAUUUCUUUUGUGAUUGAAUCAAACUUACAGUGUUUAUGCUUGCUUAUGUUUUUCGUACCGCAUCCUCAGUUUCCUUCUGGUAGUAUCUUCCACCAGCUUGAACACUUGGAGUUUUGCACAUGUGAAACAAAGUGUGAUCUGCUAAUGUCUUUGCUCCAACAUUCCCCAAAACUUCGUUCUCUCAAGCUAAACGAGGUAAGUAAAACCUUUUAAAAACUAUGAAGAGCGUUGAGGGUUCUCUUGUCUAAACUUUGAAUGGUCUAAUAACUACGCAAAUGCAAUCAGACCCAUGGUAAUGUGUGUGGAUAUCGUACACUUCAUUGGGAGGAACCAAGCACUGUCCCUGAAACGCUGAUGUUGGUUCUUGAGACUUUUGAGUGGAGAAACUACAGAGGAAGGAAUGUAGAGAGAGAACUCGCAAGUUUUGUGUUGAAACAUGCAAGGCGUCUAAAGGUUGCGACGUUUUCUCCCUUAGCCAGCACACAACUGGAUACCACACUGGGAGAGAAAUAUCGUAUGAUCACGGAGUUGGCGCGUUUGCCGAGGGGAUCGACUGAGUGUGAGCUUAUGUUUGGAUGAAUAACUUAUGUAUUGUGAGGAGGAAAGGUAGAACAAUCGACAAAGAAAGACUCUCACUGGAUAAUUUUAAAAGGCCAUUUUUGUGCUAUGCAUUACUUGAAACAUUAUUGCUUCUACAUGGGAAAGAAAUUUAAGAUUGCAAGACAUAGAAGUAGAGUAUAAAUGAUUUGUUCGUCUCAAUUUUUGUUGCAUUUCCCGAAACCAUUUUUUUCAAACUUUUUUUCAAAAUUUAUGUUUCUAUUUUGUGUACAUUAGCGUUAAAAUUAUGAUUAUUUUCUGUAUAUUCCUUAAAGAUUUAGUCGUGUAAAAAACAAAUUUACAAGGUCAAAGGUUUUAAAUUGACCAAAUUAAGGUCAAAGGUUUGAAAACUCAGCUUU